AUGGCGGAAAUAUCUAACACUUACGCCACCGAGGAGACGGACACUAGAGCACAUGCAUCGCUCACUGAUGCGCGACUCCAGACUCGAGCAUCGUCGCUCUUGAUCACACACGUGAAUAAGGUUGAGUUGGACGAUGAGCUCGUGAGAAUAGACCAAUACGUGCUGGCUGGCCUUGCACACGCCGUCAUGCUCACGCGCACCGGCAUCUUUGACGCCCUCCAUGGUCAAAGCAUGAUUUAA